AUGAUCGUUUUGUUUGAUUUCGCCCAUUUGAAGAUGCACCUACCGAACUGUGUUCUGAUGUCAGUAUUACUGAUGAUCGCUGAUGGGUUGAUUGUAAAAGGUCCCUCUGGUCCUCUGGUUGCUCCUCUGGGAUCCUCAGUGGUUUUGCCCUGUUCUGUUGAUGAACUUUUAUCAGUGGAGGGUCUGGAGGUGGAAUGGAGAAGAACAGACUCUGAGACUUUAGUUCAUCUGUAUCAGGACGGUGAGAGUCGAGCAGAAUCUCAGCACCAGGAUUAUCAGGAUAGAGCUAAUUUCUUUACUGAAGAGAUUCAACGUGGAAACUUCUCCCUCCGUCUGGACAAUCUGAGAGCUGAAGAUGAGGGACAGUAUAAAUGUAAAGUUCACAGUCAGCAGGAUUCUGGAGAACAUGUGGUUCAAAUAAAAGAUGUUGAGUGUUUGAGAGUAUCAGGAUCGAGUCGCUCCAUAUCUGCGUCUGUGGGUGAAGACGUCACUCUGAGCUGCUCUGUAGACUCUCACAUCCCACCUGAAGACUUUGAAGAGGUUUCAUGGAAGAAAACAGAUGAAGAUGAAGAUACUCUGGUUCUGCUCUACCAAAACAAUGAGACUUUAUCGGAUUCAGCAAAUGUGCGAUACAGAGACAGAGUUGAGUUCUUCACUGCUGAAAUCCCCAAAGGAAACUUCUCUCUCAGACUGAAGAGCAUCAGAACUGAGGAUAAAGGAGUUUACAUGUGUGAGGUGUUUGCUGGAGGACUCUCAGCCAAUGCAACUGUAGUACUGGAGCAACUGGGUUUCUCUGUUUCACACAUAAUGAUGCUGAUUCUCUGUAUUGCUGCAUCUGGAUCUGCACUUCUGCUCUACUGUCUGAUCUACUGCAGAUCACAAUUUAUCACAGACCCCAUUGCAACCAAACGUGUCAGGACUAUUGGGGUUCUUCAUGCAUUUCUUCCAAAUAUUAUGAUGUUUAUGGCUUUUGUCCUCUGGGGUGUUACAGAAG